AGAAGCCGGAGUGGAGAAAGUUAACGGGUGGCAUAAGCGGAGAAAAAAAGAAGAGAAAAGUUGAGGAUUUGCUGACGUCCCGGUAACAUCUCGGCAGAAGAACAGCAUUACUUUACACACCUUCAGUUUGCAGAACCUUGAGAAUCCAUCAUAAUGCUGAAGCAGAGAUCUCUUCCCCACCUCUUGCUUACCCUUUUAUGCCUGUGGGCAGUGUGCAAGGCUCAGUUUGAGCCAUGGGGUUACCAUGAGGCCGAGCAGGAACACUAUACUGCCCCAGAACUGCCUCCUGACACUCCCAAGAUUCAGCUGCGCCUGGCAGGCGAGAAGCGCAAGCAUAAUGAGGGCCGUGUGGAGGUCUUCUAUGAUGGCGAGUGGGGCACCAUCUGCGAUGAUGACUUCACCAUUCAUGCUGCCCAUGUGGUGUGUAGACAACUAGGCUAUGUUGAGGCCAUCUCAUGGUCUGCAGCUUCAAAAUAUGGCAAAGGAGAAGGACGUAUUUGGUUUGACAACGUUCACUGUACUGGAAAGGAGAAGAGCCUUGCCCAAUGCUCUUCCAAUGGCAUCGGGGUGUCUGACUGCAAGCACACGGAGGAUGUUGGUGUGGUGUGCAGCGACAAGAGGAUCCCUGGUUUCAAGUUCAUCAAUGCCCUCACCAACAAUGUGGAGAGCCUGAACAUCCAGGUGGAGGACGUGCGCAUUCGAGCAAUCCUGGCCUCCUACCGCAAACGCAUCCCUGUCACAGAGGGUUACGUGGAGGUGAAGGAUGGCGGCCGCUGGAAACAGCUCUGUGACGAGGAGUGGACCCACAUGAACAGCCGUGUCAUCUGUGGCAUGUUUGGCUUCCCCAGCGAAAGGAGAUAUAAUGCCAGGGUUUACAAGAUGUUCGCCCGCAAGCGAAAGCAUACCUACUGGGGCUAUUCUGUGAACUGCACAGGAAAUGAGGCCCACCUGUCAAGCUGCAGACUGGGGCGCAACGUGAGGCAGACGGACAACGGCACUUGUGUUCAGGGCAUGCCAGUGGUAGUGAGCUGUGUCCCAGGACGUGCUUUUGCCCCCACCCCUAUGACCGGCUUCAGGAAGGCCUUCAGGCAAGAGCAUCCUCUGGUGCGCCUGAAGGGUGGCGCCAUCAUAGGGGAGGGCCGUGUGGAGGUGCUCAAGAAUGGCGAAUGGGGCACCAUUUGCGAUGAUAACUGGAACCUUAUCUCAGCCACAGUGGUGUGCAGGGAGUUGGGCUUCGGCAGCGCCAAGGAGUUCUUGACCGGAGGACGCCUGGGACAAGGAAUGGGUCCAGUCCACAUGAAUGAGGUGGAGUGCUCUGGGUUUGAGAAGUCUAUCACUGAAUGUUUCUUCAACAAGGAUUCCCUGGGCUGCAGCCAUGAGGAGGAUGCCGGAGUGCGGUGCAAUGUCCCAGCUAUGGGCUUCCAGGAGAGGCUCCGUCUUAGUGGUGGACGGAACCCCUUUGAGGGGCGUGUGGAGGUUCUGGCGGAGAGGAAUGGCUCUCUGGUGUGGGGCACAGUGUGCAGUGAGGGCUGGGGUACCAUGGAGGCCAUGGUGGUGUGUAGGCAGCUGGGCCUGGGCUUUGCCAACCAUGCUUUCCAGGAGACGUGGUACUGGCCAGGUGAGGUGAACGCUGACCGUGUGGUGAUGAGUGGGGUGAGGUGUUCGGGCACGGAGAUGUCGCUGUCCCACUGUCUGCACCAUGGAGAGCACCUGGACUGCCCGAAAGGAGGGGCCCGCUUCGCCGCCGGGGUCUCCUGCUCAGAGACGGCCCCCGACUUGGUGCUGAACCCCCAGAUUGUGGAGCACACGACCUACCUGGAAGACCGGCCCAUGCUGAUGCUGCAGUGCGCCUACGAGGAGAACUGCCUCGCCACCACCGCCAGUCAAGUUCCAGCCGACUCAUACCGGCGCCUGCUUCGCUUCUCCUCCCAGAUCCACAACAAUGGCCAGUCUGACUUCCGGCCCAAGGCCAGCCGGGAAACCUGGGUCUGGCACGACUGCCACAGGCACUACCACAGUAUGGAAGUGUUCACUAACUAUGACCUGCUCAGCCUCAAUGGCACCAAGGUAGCUGAAGGACACAAGGCCAGCUUCUGCCUGGAGGACUCGGAGUGUGACGAAGGAAUUGAAAAGAGAUAUGAGUGUGCCAACUUUGGUGAGCAGGGCAUUACAGUGGGUUGCUGGGAUACGUACAGACAUGACAUUGAUUGUCAGUGGGUGGAUAUCACAGAUGUGAAACCUGGAGACUACAUCUUUCAGGUAGUAAUUAAUCCCAAUUAUGAAGUGGCUGAAUCAGACUACACAAACAAUGUCGUGAAGUGCAGGUGUCGAUACGAUGGUCACCGAAUAUGGAUGUACAGCUGUCAUAUAGGUGGAGCAUUCAGUUCUGAAACUGAAGAUACUUUCCCUGGACUUCUGAACAACCAAGUGGCCCACAGGUAAAAGGAGGCAGAGAGAGCAGGACCUGGACUUAUAACAUCUUGUAUCCAGUGAAAUCAUCCAAACCACUAGACUUCUUUCUGUUCCCACCCAAAGAGAGCUGGAUGAAUGCCUGUUUCCCUCUAAUCAAGGUCAAGUCCAUUGUGAUUCUUCCAUGAGUACAGAAAACCUGUAAAUCCUCCAUCACACCUUUCAGAUAUUGCAACUAAAAUAAUCUUGCUUUGUAACAAACAGCUGUCCCUUUUAAGAAAACAACAAUUCAGCAGCUCUUUAGACUAAAAACCCCUUUCCAAGUAAACGAGUGAUUAAACCACUGAUCUCACGUUUAAGAGACACAUUUAACAUUCCCUGAGAAAAGCUCCCUUCACACAUACAAAUAUAGUCUUCAUGCAUCAUUUGGAUCAUUUAAAGAUACACCUGGAUCAGAAGCUCCUGUGUGUAAAUUGUGCAAUGGGGACAUUCAUUCAUAUGUACUUCUUUGGUGCACAAAGACUUUCAGUGGCAGAUUUUUACUGCUUAUAUUGUCUGGACAUUUUAAACCUGAUUAAAAAAACAGCACUGACUCUUGUAAAGUUUAAUGAGACUUACUGUGAGAUCCACAAGAAUCCAUCAAUAAACAAAAUACACAAAAAUACCUCAGAGGGGGUUUUUAGAGUUAAAAAAGAAACAGGACCAAUGCUAUGUCCCUCAGUACUUUCAACUUAGCAAUUUUUGUUAGUUUAAAACUGGUUGGUUUGAUUACCUGUGCAUUUUAAGUACAGCGUGAAAGACUGUGUGAAAUAGUCGAAAAUAAAGGAACCUUUAACAAGUUAAAUAUAAAAGGAAAUAAUUAUUCUUUUGUGAGCCAGCAUGCAAGCAUCCAACAAGUGUGAAUAAUGAAUAAACAUCUUGAAAGUCAUUGUAAUAACUAGACUUAGCAGAUUUCUGCUUCUGUUUUGCUAUAACAUUUACCUUAACAUUCAGAGCAAGUUCUUUAUUGGGGUUAGCUAAGAACACAGACUGCAUUUUUCAUUAUAUCAUGUGAUUAAAAGUAUAAAUAAAGAAAACAGUAUGGUGUGCCAAAACAACACACAAAUUAAAAAAAUUUCCGGAAUCUCCCAAGCUUUAUAGGGACAUGUGAGAUCUGAGCUGGUGAAAAGGUGGUGAUGUGCAAUUUUUUUUUUCUUUCAGUUAAAAACUUUUUUCUGCAUUUAGAUAAACUCUUUUAACCAUUUUCAGCUACCAUUUUAUAAGUAACUUAUUGUAAAAGUCAGGGAUUUCAAUUUUGUUUUACAAGUUGUGUAAUCAAAGGCUUAGUGUGAAUGUUAUUUUGUGUUUUGUAAUGGUGCUACAGAACUGUAACCCUCUGUUUUAUGAGGGUACGUGUUGCCAGCUAAAUGGUUAUGUUACAUAUGCUUAUACUUGAAAGAAGGGUAAAAGUCCAUAGUGCCUUUUUGUUCAUCAUAAUAAAAUACUGAUU